ACAAGAACAGGGCAUGAAGAGGGAAGGUCGAACAGCGGCGUUGUCGGGAGGGGGGAGAAAAAGAAGAAGGAAGUCAAGCCAUGCCAAAAAGGCUCUCAAAUCACUUUCAUUCGCCAUUAUAUACUGUCUGGCCCUACAGCCCCCACGUCUCAGAGACCUCCAAGUUUCAAUCUUUCCGCUGAUUCCGCCCGCCCCCUGUUCCUUUCCUUCUUCCCCUGUCUGAGCCUUCACCCUUCCCUCCGUCCAUUGAAAAUCUACCCUUCCCGCGAUUGCCGCUGAGCUCAACGUCAAAGAUAAUUCCCCCCGCAGGGAGAGAGAGAGAGACAGCGAAUUUUCGACAGGGACUGAGGAGAAGCUUCUAUCUUUAGCUUCCGUAUAAAUUGUCUUUCGAAGGUUUUGAUCGUUUCUCCCCUGAAUCUAUCCAACCCAACCCCCUGCUCUCUCUGCUCUGUCCCUCACCUGAAUUCAUCCCCGGGAAACAAGGAGCUUUUCGAAGCUGUUCCGGUUCCGGGUUUUUCUGUUCUCGGGAUCCGGGUCGGCCCCCGGUCGCUUGGCGGGGGGGCGACGGCGGCGGACUCGGUUCCUUAUCCUUCCUAUGGUUGUCUGAGGUCUGAGCGAGCUUCAUGGGGUGCGUGACCUCGAAGCAGGCGGUCUCCGUGACCCCGGCGUUCGACCACUCGGGCCUGUUCCGGGACGGCAAUGUGGGCCCAGCAGGAGGGUGCAGGAACAGCUCGGGGCGGUCCCGGGUCGGAUGGACCGAGCUGGAGAAGAAAAAGGCCGAGCUGGCUGCGGUGGGGCGGGGGAGCGAGGUGGGGGCAUGCGAGUCGGGGAGGUCGACCUCCAAGGAGGGGGAUUCUGUGAGCUUCCGGCUCGGGAACCUGCAGAAGUAUGUGGAGGGCGAGCAGGUGGCUGCUGGGUGGCCCGCAUGGCUGAGCGCCGUGGCCGGCGAGGCCAUCCAGGGCUGGGUGCCUCUCAGGGCUGAUGCCUUUGAGAAAUUGGAAAAGAUUGGACAGGGCACAUACAGCAGUGUUUUCCGAGCACGGGAUCUUGAGACAGGAAGGAUAGUUGCUCUAAAGAAGGUUCGGUUUGACAACUUCGAGCCUGAGAGUGUCAGGUUCAUGGCGAGAGAGAUACUGAUUCUCCGCAGGCUGGACCACCCUAAUAUCAUGAAACUGGAGGGCUUAAUUACUUCAAGAUUGUCAUGUAGUAUAUACCUUGUGUUUGAGUAUAUGGAACAUGAUAUCACUGGGCUGUUGUCUUGCCCCGACAUCAAAUUCAGUGAGGCACAGAUCAAGUGUUACAUGAAGCAGUUGUUGUCUGGGAUUGAGCACUGCCAUUCACGAGGUGUGAUGCACCGCGACAUUAAAGGGUCAAACCUUCUCGUGAACAAUGAGGGAAUUCUGAAGGUUGCUGAUUUCGGGUUAGCAAACUUCUGGGUUUCUUCUCAGAGGCAGCCCUUGACCAGUCGGGUUGUGACGUUAUGGUACCGGCCUCCCGAGCUUCUGCUUGGAUCAACAGAUUAUGGGGCUUCAGUUGAUCUAUGGAGUGUUGGGUGUGUUUUUGCUGAAAUUCUUCUUGGGAAACCCAUUCUUCAAGGAAGAACUGAGGUGGAACAGUUGCACAAGAUCUUUAAGCUAUGUGGCUCCCCGCCCGAUGAUUACUGGAAGAAAUCGAGGCUUCCUCACUCGACUCUGUUCAGGCCUCAGCAACCUUAUGACAGCUCCCUUCGGGAGACCUUCAGAGAUUUGCCGCCUUCUGCUGUCGACCUGAUUGAAACCUUGCUUUCGGUUGAACCUCACAAGCGCGGGACUGCUGCUUCGGCUCUCGCAUCUGAGUAUUUCAAAACAAAGCCAUACGCAUGUGACCCAUCGAGCUUGCCCAUAUACCCUCCUAGCAAAGAGAUCGAUGCGAAAAAUCGCGAGGAGGCAAAGAGGAAAAAGAGUAAUGGUAGUAGAUUCCGUGGCGCUGACGCUACGAGAAAACCAUCAAGGAAGCCGCUCGGGACCAAUAAAUUGGCGCCAUCGGAGGAUUUCCCGUCCCAAAUGAAAGCUGCUCACAAGGUUUAUACUAAUGGAGCGGUACAUAUUCUCAAGGAAGGAAAUGCUAAUUCAGGUGUUGAGGCACCAAAGCCUUCCUUUGAUCUGCCCGAUGAGGCUUCUCAUGCAAAGAACGCGUCUCAAGGGGACAUCCCCUUCUCAGGGCCACUGGAAGUAUCUUCCUCGAGCGGCUUCGCUUGGGCCAAGAGAAGGAAGGACAGCUCCUCUGGUAGGGCUCACCACUCUCGGUCCAUUUCUCGGGGCCACAUCUUCAAUGUCUUGGAGAACAACUCUGCCGCUAUUCAAUCGAGGAGCAAUAUCGACUCCAAGCGACAUGAUAAUGGGAGCUUAUUGCACGAGGGGCGUGGCCACUCUAGAGGGGGUUACGAUUCCUACGAGACCAUGAAGCACGCGAUGGUGCAUAAACAGUGGGGCCCGUUUGAGCGACCUGACUCUUUCGAUGCUUCCGAUGAGUACCACUCGCAGGAGCUAUCGCUGAAGCUCUACCUAAGGGAGGAAAUGUCAUCUAAGAGAAGCGAUUUGGGUUAUCAUUCUAAUGCAGAAAAAGUCGAAUUUUCGGGGCCCCUUCUGUCGCAGUCGCAUAGAGUCGAUGAGCUCUUGGAGAGACACGAGCGUCAGAUCCGACAAGCUGUGCGGAAGUCAUGGUUCCAGAGAGCCAAGAAGCAAGGGAAGUAAUCCUAUGGAUGAGUUUUCAGAAACCUCCAACAGGAAUUACCCUCGUCUUGCAGCGGGGAUGAGAACAACCUCUGAUGAUGUUCAGACAUAGAGCCGUCGCUAGCUCUAAGUCUGGCAAGGUCAAAUGGAUGGAUUGGGGAAACACUAUAACCGUAUAGAUCUUUCACAUUUCGGGUAACAGCUGAGCAGAGGCUGAUCAGCAUGGCGAGGCAACAUAGCCGGCCGUACUCAGGAAGCAAGAGCAGUUGUAUCGUAACCCUUCGGUUUAGUUUACGAUUCUCUUAUAGCCCCCUUGUAAUAUCUUUCCUUGCCUUCUCUUUCGCAAAUUCUACUGAAUCUCCCCGACAGUGUACAGAUCAAUGACGAUAACGAUAAUUUUGCUUGCAAGUCCUCUCUUCGAUCUCCA